AUGCGUACUGCUGACGCCAUGAGAAGCGGCCAAGUAUAUGGUCGUACAAUCGAAGAAGUCCUUGAACACGCAGCAGCACAGCCGUCGCGGAGGAUAUUCUGGGUCAAUCCCACUUGGCCGGUUAUCCCAGCCAUUACGAACUCGGGUGUUGCCCUCAACUUUUCAAAGCCUGCCAAUGUCAACCAGCUGGAAUGCAGUAUCCGCGAACAGGCGUCUGCUAUGGGUCACUCGGAAGGUGCUUUUCAACGCGGUACAACUGAAAAAUACGCCGAGAGGGAGUCGAUUUUCGUUCUCAACCAGAAGGAGAAGGCCGUGGAGCGUGUGGGUGAGGAUCCCUUUGGACUACAGAUCGCGCCUACUCCAUAUCAGAAGCCCGCUCGACUGCUUUCUAGGGAUAUUGAUUUAGCAGCGGCGAAAUAUCCAGGACUCGGUCGUAGGCGAGUCGCAGACCGUGCGUGUUCAUCGUGA